UUGAGGUUAAGUUUUCUGUUGUGUUGUCUCCUAUUUUAUAAAUUUCCCCCUUUAAAUUUUGUGUGAUAAUUUUCAAUUUUCUUGCAAUCGAAAAAAGGAAAUAAUGUCUCCACCAGCGACACGAUACAAAAGAAAAUACGACUAUCUCUGUACGCAAACACAAUGCCGAAUAUGCCUCUCUCACUGUUUGAAAACCGGGUCUUCUUUGGGUGCCCCUUUAGACGAAAUCCAGAAUCCGGAAAUCCAAGUUGUCGAGGCUCUGGAAUUGCUCGCCAACGAAACUGUACCCAGAGGUGCAAAUUAUCCAGAUACGGUUUGUAGAAUGUGUUUUGGGUUUUUGAAGAUUGCUUAUGAUUUGAUUGCCCAGUUUAAAAAGUCUAAGGAAAUUCUUUCUGGACAACUAAAUAAAGCUGUAGAACAAUUUGUGAUUGAUAUUGAGCCAAAAAGAAAUAUUUCAAAACAACCAAAGGAAUCUGAAGAAGAGUUUUCAGAUGAUAUUAUUGUUAAUAAUGAACUUGUAGAAGAGGCACCAAUUAGAACUAACAAAGAUGUUAAAGCUCCUGUAGAAUUAUUUGUAGGCACUCAAAAAUUUGAUAUCAAAGAAUUAUGUGUCAUUGAAAGCGAAGAGGAAGACGAUUUAUUCACUUUUGAUGGCUUUUUACAAAACCUUGGCACAACAAUUACUGCAACUUUUGUUGAAAAAGGAUACCACAAACCUAAACUUCAAGUAGAAGCACCAUCUUUAGUAAUUGAGAAAAUCAUACAAGAAGAAAUACCAGAUGAACCUGACAAUGACGAUGAGAAUCAUGAUGAUAUUCCAUCAGAUCCUCCACCAGAUCCUCGAGCAGAUCUAAUAUUCAAAUUAGAAAAAUCUUUAGAUCCUAAAUAUGAAGAUGAAACCAUUUUCAUGAAUGAACCUAACAUGAAAGCUUUUGAUAGUUUAGUGUUGUCAAAUGAAAAUGAAAAAUCUGCAAUCCGAUCUGCAUUAAAAUUAAAUUUUAAAUGUCCUUAUUGCUUAAAGCCAAUAUCUACCCUAGCAAGAGCUAAAAAACACAGUCGUAAAUGUAAUAAAAACACACAAGAUGUUCAUUGUUACGUUUGUGAUGUUAGUUAUAACAAUCGUAUACAACUUUUAACUCACAUCAAAGAAAGUCAUAUGAAUGAAAUAAAAUAUUUUGAUGACGCACCAAACUACUUACCAUCAGAAAAGGAUUACAAAUGCCAUAUUUGCGAUGAAAUUUUUGAAAAUCGAAAAAAAUUAAUUUAUCAUAUAAAAAAACAUAGUGGUAGAAACUAUGGUUGUGAUAAAUGCGACAAAAAAUUCUUCACGCAAGACAAUGCCACAAAGCACGCGAAGACUCACAACAAGGAUCAAACUGCGGUCAUAUGUCAAAUUUGCGGCAAAGGAUUUCAUUAUAAAACUGCUUUGUAUUAUCAUUUGAAAAUACAUGCUGGCGAAAGAAAUUUACAGUGCAGCUAUUGUCCAAAAAGAUAUUAUACUACAAAUUCAUUAAAACGUCACGAACUCGCUCAUACUGGUGAGAGGCCAUACUCCUGCGAGUUUUGUGAUAAAAAAUUCAGAUCUGUAGGCGAAACGAAAAAACAUCAACUUGCGCACACUGGUGAACGUCCUCACAAAUGUAAAUAUUGUGGCUCUGGCUUUACUUCCAAGUAUAAUCUUAAAUUACACAUGCAUAGUCAUCAAGGGAAAUAUGAGUGCAGCUAUUGCCACAAAGGUUUCGUAGAUAGUGAUAUUUUGAAGUUCCAUUUGCAAAAAAGUCAUCGAGGAGAGCUAGAAAGACUUAAAAUUGAAGAAGCUCAGGCUGAUGAUAUUGAAGAUUCAGAUUAUUAUCCAAAAGAGUCAGCAGAAGUUGCAGAGGAAGUGCCUAUUGAGGAUUCAGAUUAUUAUGCAACAGAUUUAGUUGCAGAAGAAGUGCCUAUUGAAUAUUCUGAACAGCUUUUUGAAGGUGAAUAUGAAGGCAAUGAAGCGGUUGUAGUGGAAAACAUUUAUAAUUAAAGAUCCAUUGUAUUUUGUUGUAUUUAAUAGAGAACUUUUAUUUUUGUCUUUAGCAUUUUGUAAUCUUCAGUAAUUUGUAUUUUCAUUGUAUUUAAUAGAGUACUUUUAUCUUAAGCAUUUUGUACUCUUUAGUAAUGUAUCUUUUGUUGUAUUCAAUAGAGUACUUUUAUCUUAAGCAUUUUGUAAUCUUUAUUAAUGUGUCUUUCGUUGUAUAUUUGUUGUAUUUAAUAGAGAACUUUUAUAUUUGUCUUUAGCAUUUUGUAAUUUUUAGUAAUUUGUCUAUUCAGGCACAGAGCAGAAAGCUACUACUGUUAAAAUUUGGGAAAAUUUUAUGUACCUUGGCAUUAGGAUAGAAAAUUGAAAAAUGUUAUAUUACUAGGUAUAAUUAUAUCACUAUAACUUAUAAUAUGCAUGUAUAUAGUACA